GAAUCCCUAGAGUGUCUUUUACUUCCUGAAGAUUGCAGGAAAGCUCUCAUCAAACUGCAGCAUGGUGAAAACAUCACUAGACUGCUAGUUAUGUUUUGAUUAGUACUUCUUGUAGACUUUUUAGAGAGAAUUAAGGGAACAACCGCUCUUGUAAUGUGUUUGGUACAUUUGUCUAAAUUAAGACAGCAUUUAGCCUUUAGUAGAAACUCUUUUGUGUUCUGCGCUAGGUUAGCCGACCUUAGGCAGUUCUGACCUUAGGUCCUCCUUCUAUAAUGUCUCUGGUAUAGGGGUUUACUGAUAAUAGAGGUUCGAGAUACUUUUGUACUACGAAUGAUAUUAAGAUGGACUAGAUUUUGGAAAUCAUGUGUAUGCAACCACGACAUCGCUGUCAAAGUGACUGGAGUCCUGGGUAAACUGUUGGUUUGUCGUUCACAAAAUCGCAGUUUCCAGCCGUCUCGAAACUAUCACAAAAUUACAGUAGAUUUGCUGAAGAACGAAGCAGUACAGAUGUACAUACGAAGGGUAAGGGAUGAAUACGAAGUGGUCACAUGUACGUUACAAAACGCGAAUCUAAGUGACUCUGACAGGCGACAAUUUCAUCAAAAACGGGUGGAAUUGUUGCCCGUGGUAAAUGCAUUCACAUGCGCCGAAGAUGCUGCUAAAAAUCUACAAGAAGUGGAGUCCUUUCUUCAAAGUACCACAGCUGGCUCUACCCAAGACGAGCAAAUGGUUGAGCUGCUGAGAGAGGAACAAGCAGAACUCACUGGAAAACUUGAAGACUUACAUAAAGAAUUGAUCCAGACUCUGGUUCCACUAGAUGAACAUGACAACAGCAAUGUCAUACUAGAGGUUGCGUCCGGCAGGACUACAGGAGGUGACAUUUGCCAGCAGUUUACCCGUGAGAUCUUCGACAUGUAUGAAGGUUUUGCCAGCUAUAAAGACUGGGACUUUGAUGUCCUUAAUUACACUCCCGCAGACUAUGGUGGUCUGCACCAUGCAGCAGUGAGAGUGUCUGGUGAGGCCGUUUACAGAUGGCUGAAAUUUGAAGGGGGUACACACAGGGUGCAGAGGAUCCCAGAGGUGGGCCUGUCUUCCCGCAUGCAGCGCAUCCACACGGGAACCAUGGCCGUCAUAGUGCUGCCUCAGCCCAGUGAGGUGGACAUUCAGAUUGAUCCUAAAGAUUUGAGGAUCGACACGUUCAGAUCCAAAGGGCCCGGGGGUCAAAGUGUGAACACGACAGACAGUGCGGUUCGAAUCGUCCACUUGCCCACAGGCACCGUGGCAGAGUGUCAGCAGGGCCGCUCUCAGCUCCAAAACAAAGACAAGGCCAUGCGGGUGCUUAAGGCCCGCCUGUACCAAAGCAUCAUGGGAAAACAAACAGAAGAAAGAGACACAGCGCGAAAACAACAGGUGGGCACUCGAGCCCAGGCUGAGAGGAUUCGCAGCUACAAUUUCAGUCAGGACCGCGUGACGGACCAUCGCAUUGGCUACAUGACUCGGGACAUCAAGGAGUUCAUGAGGGGUGGCGAGCAGCUGGAGGAGCUGAUCUCAGCACUGCUGGAGCACAGCGACCAGGAGGCCCUGCUGGAGCUGGUGCAGAGCAGCCAUCUUCUGAGGAGAGAGACUGACCCAGGAUCAGACCAUUGAGCAGCCUCUACUCUUAACAUUGACAGACUGGCAUCGACUGAAUGGACAGAUACAGGACAGGAGUUACCACUGACCAGCUGGUCCUGUGCUCGGAAGACAGAAGUGAUUCGUAUUAACCAGAGAUCCUACUUGGGAGAGGAAGCUGACCAGGAUGUUGUUCAGAGGUCAGGGAGUCUACCUUUCAAAGGUGACACUGGUUCUAAAUGACUUUUGACUCCGUGAAGAGAUAACGUUAAAGUAAGACAAAAAUAAAGAAUUGAAACUGAAA